AUGAUCGUCUUCUAUGCUACGGUGCUAGCCAAGAAGUUGGGCAUCCCUAGACAUACAGUCGACUUACUAUCUGCCAUGAAGUGGUGCGAGUCUGCGUGGGAUAAUGUGUCAGCUUCUACGAUUCAGAAGUGCUGGUUGCACUCCACGCUCAUUAGUAAAAACGGUGUGUCAUUUAUUCUUAACAAUACAUUGUUCUUUCUUUUUCCAUAA